CAGUUCUUUUCAGUCUCUGUGCCCAGUGGUCAGCUUAGCAAGAGCCACAAAACAGACAAACAUUAUUGUCUCAGUUGCAACGAGGAAUGUGAAUUGUGGCAUUUUUCAAAGCAUUCUGUUAGUGUGUCUUGGUACAUACAUAGAGGAGUGAUUUAUGGAUUGGGGAUUAUGGGUUGUAAUGUGAUGUGGUCACGGUGCCGAUGAGCGAGGAUAAUUUAGGGGUAUUGAAGGACAUCAUUGUUUCUUCACAAUUUUGUCCUUUAUUGUUCAUGGUGGCAAAAUGUCAACCCUCUCCUAAAAAUGUAAAUGUCAAUCACAGGGAUAUGGGUAAAUAAAACUUACAAUGGAAAAAAAAGACAACAAAGGAAAAGCUGUCAUUUUGAAAGUUUUAUAUAUCAUGGAUGGAUGGAUUUCAAAAAAAGAUAUAAAAGACAAAUAUCAAUAGGCAGAGAGAGACAGACACAGGGAAAGACAGACUUAAAUGAAAGAAAGCUUGGUUUGAUUCACAAAAUGACCAAUAGGAUAAACCCUCCCAGUUUUGAGGAGGGAAGGGGGUGGUGGGGAUUCAAACUAAGGCAGGCUUUACAGUGAGUCAACCACUCUCAAAGACAGACUACAGACAGUCUCCACGGCACUAAGAUACGGGCUUUCUGUGACGGGAGAUCUGGAGCUUCUCUCUACAACCGAAAAACAAAAAGCCUAAAAAAAAGACAGUUAGACUGAAAUAGUUAGAAAGAGACACCGCUUGUCCAGGGGGAUGGAAAAUUGAUCGAGUCCACGAUUUAGAAACUUUGGUUGGUAGAGGAAAAAAAAAAAGAGGAGCAAGGACAAGCCUCAGGAUACUACAGAUUAUGUUGCCAUGGAAACCGAAACCUGGAAGCGGACGCAAGGACCACUGAAGGUGGACAUCCUCCCUUGACUGCAUCCUUGACGCGUUACUGUCCUGCUGCGACCCCGUGGUGAGAGAAUGCUGUGGAGAAUAACUAUCCCAGUCAUACUGGCCGGGGUGCUCUGCAUCACCGCAGAGACCAAAAAGCACCGGCCCCAGGGAUCCAUCCCAUCCCCACACAAGACCAAAGGGAACCUGUCCUCAGAACGUCACCACCGGCUAUUGCAGCAGAAACCAGAGGUGCUAUCCUCCAGCCGGGAGGCCUUGGUGGUGACAGAGCGCCGCUACCUUCGCAGAGACUGGUGCAAGACCCAACCCCUCCGUCAGACAAUCAGCGAGGAGGGCUGCCGCAGCCACACUGUGGUCAACCGUUUUUGCUACGGCCAGUGCAACUCCUUCUACAUUCCCCGCCAUAUGGGCCCCAACUCGGGUGAAGGCCAGAAUCGAGGCCAAGCCUCAGGUUCUGGAAGGAAAAACCACAACAAGGCCCAGGAGCCGUUCCAGUCCUGCUCCUUCUGCAGGCCACACCGCAUCACACAGCUCACAGUGCAGCUAGACUGCCCAGACCUGCAGCCCCCUUUCAGACACCGUAAGGUGCAGAGGGUCAAACAGUGUCGCUGCAUGUCUGUAGAUGUGAGCGGCCAUGGGAAACUGUGAAGGACUAAGAAGGCCUUUUAAAAUUGAAAUGACACAUGAUCUGUCCAAGGCAGGAAUUCACAAACUUCACCCAAGCAAGCGCUGGCUGAAAGUUGAACUAUUCUGCAUCGUGCCCUACAAUAAAAUGACAUGAAACACAGAACUGAUAUUACUAAAAAAAAAGGCUCGUCGAUGAUUUAAUCAGAGACUAGCAGCCAUGUUGGCAAGCUGAUGCUGUUGAGACUGAUUCAAGUGGCUGCACAAGAGACACUGAUGAGGAAGCAGACCGUUUUAAACAUUGAGCAAGUUUUUCCUCCCUGUCAUUUCCAGUUCAUAUCUACAUGACUAUUUCUACAUGUGUCAUUCGAUUCCUUUGUGAUAGCGAGAAAGUGCCUUGGAGUUUUAAAACUACAAAACAAAGGAUACCGCUGAUAAUUCAGCGUCUUAAAGAAACCGUAGAAAUAGUGUGACCCCUAUUAAUGUAAUAUGACAUGUUUUUAUGCAGGUGGAGCUACAGUAAUUACACAGUUUGCCACCAUGUUUUAACCUGUGUAGGAGAUGUUGAUGUGUUUUACAAGUAUUGUAUCCGUCAUCCUGUAUCUUUUCCUUGACUUCUAUUAUGUCCCAAGUGAUACACAAGCGGAUGUUAAGGAAAAGAUUUCAAGAAACAUGAAGCAACACAACACAAUGACCAGUGGCAUCCACCUGAUUGGACACAAGGCUGGCUGUAUGCUGUACAUUUGCCACAAAUAUACUAGCCAGUAGGAAAAACAUACUGCAGCAUGUGUAAUGGAGGUGCAAUGCAAUAUAUACAGUAUAUAAAUAUAUUUUAUGUAUGUGUGCAAGUAUAUAUGGGAAAAGUAUAUUAAAUCUAUUUCAUACAAAACAGUGGUGUUUCGAGUGCAUGUAGUUCUGUACCACUUAAUAUCACGGAUGGACAAGUGAUAAAUGGAAAACAGUCAGCAAUAGCAGAUUUUUUUAAAAUUUAAAAAUGUAUGUCAUUUAUUUUAUUC